AUGGCAAAUCUAAAUACAGAAUUACCCCAGGAGGGUACCUCCAGCUUAGCUGGAGGAGAAUCCCUCCCCGCGGCCUCGGCCGCGGGCUGCCCCUCGUAUUCUGGGGGGGGCAAAGACUGCCUUUCACAUAAAACAACGACCCAGGCAAUGACAACGGAAAUGUUUGCAAGCGAUUUGGUUAUGGAGGCGACGAGGCGCCCAUCCCUGGAUGGUGUCCUGAUGAAGGAGGCGAGAGUGGUGCUGGAGCGCGUUCCCAUCGAGGUCUUGAGCGCCUCGCAGCAAUGCCUCCCGGCUGUCAGCGACACACCAGACCCCGUUGCGAGGAUGGACUGCGACGAUGGGGCGGCAUCGGGUUCCGACUGCAGACCCGUCGUCGCGUCGGAGUGGUUUGGCGCGAAACGGCCCCGCCUUAGUGAUUGCUCGACGGAUGAUGACCGAGCGGCGUCCCCAGUGACGGCGAAGUGGCGCCAACAAGAGAAGAGGGCGGCGGCCAAGGCUCGGGCCGCAAGCAAGGAAGAGGACUUGGUGAAAGAAACAGGGCUUGCUCGCUUCCGGCGGGAAACGCGGGCAGCACUGUUUCCUCGCCCAGCGGCAGGAGGAAAGGACGCCGCUCAGAUCCAAGAGCAGGUACGGGAGGACUUGGAGAUCAUCACCAAAGUGGCGACCAAGUCCUCCAGCUUGAAAGGUACCUUUGUGCGGGCCUUGAAGGACGCCGCGGCGUCCAUCAAGGAUGCGGUGGAAGUUCUCGGGGCCCGCACCCAAACAGAGGAGACUCGGCAGCUGCAGGCGGAUAAUGCCCGCCUGCGCGCCGAAAUGGACUCUCUCCGCAAGGAGAUGGAGGCGAUAAAGGAUGACCUGCGGAAACGGGGUUCCGCGGGCCACCCUGACCCGGACGUGUCGAUGGAGGCCGCCCCCGCAUCACGGCCCCCGCAUUCACCGAACGAGGCGCUCUCCGUGGAGGAGAUCUGUCGUGCAGUGAUGGUCCAGGUCGGCGGGAUGAUGAACGCCCGCCUGGCCUCGCUGGAAGACAGACUUCUCCCGGAGAGGAACCUACGGCCGCCCCUCGCGGCCGAUAAGAAGAAAGGCGAGGGCACAUACGCUGCCAAGCUCGCCCGACAGCCACCCCAAUUGGCGGCUCAACCCGGCCCUAGCGGCACGCAACGCAGGGUCCCAUCGGCGCCGCAGCAGCGCCCAUCGGGUGCAGCCCAGACCCGGCCUAAGACCCAGGGGACGUCCUCUCCCCCUAGUGGAGGAAAAGAGAGGAAGAAGAAAAGAAAGAAGAACAAGAAGAAGAAGGCCUCGCCACCCGGGCAGCAGGAUUCGCAGCCCGCGGUUGGCGAGUGGAUAAAGGUGGGCCCCAAAAGGCGGCCCCAAGUGAAGAGCGGUGCUGCUAAACUGCAGGCGCCCCGGUCGUCGGCAGUUAUCAUUACACUGCAACCGGGCGCGGUGGAGCGAGGAGCCACCUACGCCAGUGUCAUCGCCUCGGCCAAAGAAAGAAUCAACCCGGCCGACUUCGGAGCCCAGGGUGUUCGCCUUCGGAAGGCCGCCAACGGGGGACGCGUUUUCGAGUUCCCGGGCGCCUCCAGUGGCGAGAAGGCGGACUCCCUGGCCCAAAGGCUGCGGGAGAUUCUGGACGAUGGAGUCGUCCGCGUCUCUCGUCCCAUCAAGACGGCGGCCCUACGGGUGGCGGGCCUGGACGACGCCACCACCGCGGCUGAGGUGGUCGCCGCCAUUGCUGCUGCGGGAGGGUGCCCUGCCGAGCAGCUGCGGGCUGGCGCCAUGUCAACCGGCCGCGACGGACUGGGCUCAAUAGUGGUCCAGUGUCCCGUCGUGGCUGCCAAGAAAAUUGUGACAGACGGUCGCCUACUGGUGGGCUGGGUGUCCGCCCAGGCAAGGUUGCUGGAUCCCCGGCCCACCAUAUGCUACAGAUGCCUGGCUCCAGGACACCUUUCUGGCCAGUGCAAAGAGGGGGCGGAUCGCACCGGUGUAUGCUUCCGGUGCGGACAACCAGGGCACAAGGCCCGCGGAUGCACGGCGGCGCCUCACUGCGUCGUCUGCGCCGCGGCCGGUGCCCCUGCGGAACACCGCGCCGGAAGCAAGGCGUGCGUCCCCCCAUUCAAAGGGAGGAAAACCAGAAGAGCAGGAGGGGACGGCCCGAGCCAGACGGCCGGACAGUCUUCGCACCUACCCAACCAGGCGGCGGCGCCGGGGGCUGAGGAGGUUCCAAUGGCCAUCGGAUAA